UCAUAAAUAACAUUCCCGGUUUAUCCACAUGGCUCGUCGGAUUCCCAAUCCACCCCUCCGAAGCAGAGUAAAAGAGUGCCAUACUCGUCUUCGAGAUCCCUUCGCUGAUGGAUUCCCCAUCUCCUCCUCUGCUUCUUCUGAUGGCGGUGAUUCGUUUCCGAGCGUGUGCGCGGUGAGAUUGCAGUGAUCGUCGCUGAUCGCGUGGUCCUUGGCUAUAAAGUUGGCCUGCGGAUGGAUUAGUGUUGUUGUUGUCGAGAGCGAGAGAUGGUGUGGGAGAGGGACGAGGCCGCCAACGGCGGAUCCACCGGGGUUGGCAUCGACGAUCCGGCCGAUGCUGUGGAUUCCGGGCAUGCGCGGCUCAGCGAGCUCGGUUACAAGCAGGAGCUCAAGCGCGACCUCUCGGUUUUGUCGAACUUUGCCUUCUCCUUCUCCAUCAUAUCGGUUCUCACCGGCAUCACCACGCUGUACAACACCGGCCUCCGGUUCGGCGGCACCGUCACCAUGACCUUCGGUUGGUUUCUUGCUGGGGUCUUCACCAUGUUCGUCGGACUCUCCAUGGCCGAGAUUUGCUCGUCGUACCCCACGUCUGGCGGCCUCUACUACUGGAGCGCCAGGCUCUCCGGCCACGACUGGGCCCCCUUUGCUUCCUGGAUGACCGGCUGGUUUAACAUUGUUGGGCAGUGGGCUGUCACAACUAGUGUAGAUUUCUCACUGGCGCAACUUCUCCAAGUGAUGAUUCUACUCAGCACUGGUGGAAACAAUGGAGGAGGAUAUCUUGCUUCUAAAUAUAUGGUUAUUGGUUUUCACGGAGGCAUUCUCCUAAUUCAUGCCAUUCUGAACAGCCUUCCUAUCACAUUGUUAUCUUUAUUUGGACAAAUUGCUGCAGCAUGGAAUAUACUGGGUGUCUUUGUGCUUAUGAUCGCCAUACCUGCAGUUGCUACUGAGCGUGCCAGCGCCAAAUUUGUCUUUACUCAUUUUAACACUGAAAACACUGAUGGAAUCCACAACAAGCUUUAUAUAUUUGUCUUGGGACUCUUAAUGAGCCAAUACACACUUACAGGUUAUGAUGCAUCUGCCCAUAUGACAGAGGAAACUAAAAGUGCAGAUAAGAAUGGUCCAAGAGGAAUAAUUAGUUCCAUCGGCAUAUCAAUCAUUGUGGGCUGGUGCUACCUACUUGGCAUCACGUUUGCAGUUACCAACAUUCCAAAUCUUUUGAGCAGUGACAAUGAUGCCGGAGGAUAUGCAAUCGCUGAAGUAUUUUAUCUUGCCUUUAAGAGCAGAUAUGGUAGCGGGACUGGUGGAAUCAUUUGUCUAGGAAUUGUUGCCGUUGCUAUAUUCUUCUGUGGCAUGAGUUCAGUGACGAGCAACUCCAGGAUGGUAUAUGCCUUUUCGAGAGAUGGAGCCAUGCCUCUAUCCACAUUUUGGCACAAAGUGAACAAGCAAGAAAUCCCAAUCAAUGCAGUUUGGCUCUCCACAUUUGUAUCAUUUUGCAUGGCCUUGACGUACCUCGGAAGCUUGGUGGCGUUCCAAGCGAUGGUGUCGAUAGCUACCAUUGGGCUUUACAUUGCCUACGCAUUGCCCAUCUUUUUUCGGGUGACUCUGGCACGUAAGUCAUUUGUUCGAGGACCCUUCAACCUUGGCCGCUAUGGCGUAUUGGUAGGGUGGAUCGCAGUUCUCUGGGUUGCAACCAUCACCGUGUUGUUCUCCUUACCGGUGGCUUAUCCCAUUACCAAGGAUACUCUCAACUAUACUCCGGUGGCUGUCGGCGGCCUACUCAUCCUCACUGUUUCAUGGUGGGUAUUAAGCGCUAGAUACUGGUUCAGAGGGCCGAUAACCAACGUACCAACCUGAAUUCUAAUGUGGUCUUUCUGUAUGCAAGAUUUCGAUUCAACCCAUUGAUUGAAGUAGUAAUUCUUAAUA